UGUUUUGUUCCACCCUUGAAGGCUACCCUGUAAAGGGCAGAGCGCCUGUCACUUUCCACCCCGUGUGCCUCCUGCUGCCUCCAGGCCUGGUACCUCCCUCAGUGCUCUCCCAGCACCCCACAGAGUUUGUCCCUUUGGAUUGUCAGCAAAGCAAACAUCAGGUUUAUCAUUAACCGAUCCCAGCCCUGAGCCGGCCGGGCUCCGGCCCUGCUUCUAGCUGGCACGUCCAUUGGUCAAUGGUUCUUGUCACGAUUGGGAGCGAACCCUGCAUUUGUCUCUGUAAAUGGGAGGUGGUUGGUGUGAGGAGACCAUUGGCCCGUGAUCCGUAAGGCAAAGUUUUUUCAGACUCUCUGGAGCCAGCCAGUCUCCUGCCCGGCUUCCCCCUCUGUGCUGUCCUAUAACUUCUGCACCCUGACCCUGAGAACGGCUCUCUUGGUCUGGGGCCAGGGCUCGCGGGAGGGAAGCCAUCGCCGAAUGCGGCUGGGGUGAUUAACGCCGUUUAACCUCGUCCGCCAGAGCACGGCGCCAGGGAAAGAGGAAAUGGAGAAGGACAGGGACGCAGCCUGAUCUUUCUCGCUGCCGGGAGCUGGUGCAGGGAGCUCUAGACACAGAUUACCCAUCCCACAGAUGGGUUGGGAUCGCUGCUGGCCCCAGGUUCCUCUCCCCAGUUACAAUCCUGGGGACACUCGGCUCAGAUCUCUCCAGGAUGGGACGGGGAUGAAGCCUGCCAGGCGAGACACCCCCGGGUGCGUGCUGUGAGCAUGCAGAUGCAUGAGGCACUUUCAGCCCCCAGAAGAAGGGUUGGUGUCCAAGUCUUCUCCCAAGAAACCUCGUGGCCGGAACAUAUUCAAGGCGCUUUUCUGUUGCCUCCGCACACAGAAUGUCGGUCAGUCAGGCUGCGGUGGGGAGCAUGCACUGCACAAGGAGGAACCCAGCACCAUCGCUAAGUCCGAUCUGCUGCAGUGUCUUCAGUACCAGUUCUACCAGAUUCCCGGGACGUGCCUGCUCCCCGAGGUGACUCAGCGGGACCAGGGCAGGAUCUGCGUGGUGAUCGACCUGGAUGAGACGUUGGUGCACAGCUCCUUUAAGCCAAUCAACAAUGCUGACUUCAUAGUGCCUGUGGAGAUAGAGGGGACCUUGCACCAGGUCUAUGUGCUCAAGAGACCUUUUGUGGACGAAUUCCUGAGGCGGAUGGGCGAGCUGUUUGAGUGUGUCCUCUUCACUGCCAGCCUGGCCAAGUACGCCGACCCGGUGACGGACCUUCUGGACAAGUGCGGGGUGUUCCGGGCGCGGCUCUUCCGGGAGUCCUGCGUCUUCCACCAGGGCUGCUACGUCAAGGACCUGAGCCGCCUGGGCCGGGACCUGCACAAGACACUCAUCCUGGACAACUCGCCGGCUUCCUACAUCUUCCACCCGGAGAACGCGGUCCCCGUCCAGUCCUGGUUUGAUGACAUGGCGGACACAGAGCUGCUCAACCUCAUCCCCAUCUUCGAAGAGCUGAGCGAAGCUGAGGACGUUUAUACCAGCCUCGGCCAGCUGCGGGCGCCGUAGAGCCUCCAGUGCCCUGGCGGCCCAUUUCUGCAGGGGACUUUCACUCAGUGCCUUCGCUAGCAGCCGGGAGGAGGUGGUCGGGCAAGGAGUCGGCUCCCGGGCCCCAGUGGCAGUGCCAGAGCCCUCGCCUCUCGGACCGGGGCGCAGGACGGGAUGUUGGAUUGCAAAGCGGGGAAAUCUCUGUAGCCCCGGUCACAGGUCUGAGCCCGUCUCCUGGUAGCCCUGGGGUCUCUGCACUGCGGGGUGCAGGGCUCCCCGCGCUCCGACUCGCAAACGGGGCCCUGCUUCCCGCCCCGCUCGCCUCCCUGACACACAGCGCCUGCGGAUUCCACGUGGGGGGCCUGGCUGGGCGACUCCUGCCAUGGGGGGUGGGGAGGGGGGUGCAUCCCAAUGCCUGCCUUCUCCCCCCACGUGCUGCUCUGAGAGCAACUGCCUGAACAGACGGCCAGCCUCCCGGCAGGACGACCCUCCAGCUCUCCAAAGGGCAAACGCCAGCUGUCCCCGGCCCCUGGAGGCGUCCCCGGCCCCUGGAGACGUCCCGCAUGGCGGGGCAGCUGCUGCGGCCCUUUGCUGUGGCUUUCUCCGAAUCCCGCUGUCGGUGCCUGGGGCUGGGCCAGAGCCCUGCCUUUGCCAUCCCCCCCUCCCAGUCUCAUCCUCCCACGGGGAGCCACUGAUCCCAUUCCCUGUAACCCUCUCCCCCAGGAGGCACCUACUGAGGCCUCUGGAGCUGGAGCCAGGCCUGUCUGGGGUCAGCAACCCACUCCCCAGUCGUCGUCCCCCCGGCAAGGCCCAGGCCCAGGGACUCGUAUCCUGAGGGAGCCUCUCCAUCCUCCCUUGUCCCUUAGCCUGCUCCUUCCAGGAGCUGGGUCUCCAGCCCAACCAGAUCCUCCUUCCUGGCCUGGAUCCCAGCGUCGCUCUGAAGGAUGUUCCUGGAGCAGCCCCAGCUGGGCCCCGUGACUCCCAACAGCUGCCGUUGCCCAGUGGAGCCGAGAUCCUUGCCUCAUACCAAUUGCCGCUCGGCUCCAAAGGAGGGGGAGAUGCUGAGAGCGGCCCAGCCAGAGGCUGCCGUAACGGGUAACUUUAAACCAAAGCCACGCUCCACCUCGCUAGCCGGUUCAGCCCAAAGCAGGGGCCGGCGGGGGCACCUUGGGGCUGCAGGGAGACGGUCACGUUGGACUCACGCUCCUACAGUCCAAAGCAGCGCGCUCUAUCUAGGGGACCACGCCCACCGCCCUGCCUUAACUGCUGCCCUCCAUCUGGGACAUGGGGCCCAUGAAAACAAGAUGCUUCCUCCACCACCAGCAGGCUGCUGGGGGGAAGCCUGGAACAUCCCCUCCGUGGGGUGCUGAAGGGGUCGGGAGCCACAUAUUCAGUGCGAGAAGCCCCCCACUGAAGUCCCAGUGUGGUGACAUCUUCAGCUUCAACAGCUCCUCCAGGUGGUCUCAGGAAAUGCUCACUGGAGCUGAGCCCCUUGGUGAUAGGAGACUUUGGCACCAGCCCCCCCCCCCCCCCCCCAAAUCCCCCCAGCUCUGCGUUGUGCUGACCCCGCUCUCUCAGCACAGCUUGACUUCCCCACACCAGCCUGGCGAGACGGGGCCCUUCCUCUGACCUCCGUCUCUCUGAUCUCCCAGCAUUCCUCGUCGGUGCCACAACACAACCCCGCAAGGCCCGGAGGAAUCUGCCAGGAUGGCGUUUGUGGCAUGUCAUAUCCGUGGCCGCCCCGAUGAGCGGUGGCUGCUACGGGCACCUCUGCCACUCCAGCAUUGGCAACCGCCCCUCUCCAUCUCGGUGCCUUCCCCUCCCUGCUGCACCUUCCGCUUUGGCAUUUCCAAAGAGAACCAGCUCUUCGUCCAAGCCAAAUGUCGACCGGGUUGCAGGCAGCAUCCCCUCCCCUCGGGGGCUCUUGGGAGGGCUGGGCCGUGGCUGUCGCUCUGCCCGCGUGGCGUUGGGGCCUGGCGCACAUCCCUCCGGCAGCAGGACAGACUCUGCUGGGCUGUUACACCAUCAAGUGCCGUUAGGCCGCAGGCCAGUGCCAAGGGGCACCCCCGUCUGGGCCUCGCCCCCGUGUCUGACCUGCUUCACUUCUGUGAGCAAGAUGGAGAGGCAGCCGUGUCUGCGCCACUCAGCUUUACCUUCCCCCAUCGCCCGCCCGGGCUGGCCCCCACUGUGAACUUUGUGGGUCACGGCCAAGCCCCAGGCCCGGGGAGGGCACCAUGGGACCAAAGCUGUGAGACCCGUGCCUGGCUGGACCCUGGGGCAGGCCGACCCCCUUCCUGCCCUCAGGGGGUGCUGUUCUCAGGCCCAGCUAGGAAGGGCCGGGACCUGUCGGAGUGACUCAGAAGGAGAAGGGCCAACAGCCUAGGCUUGGCGUCGGAGGAACCGGGAACCCCCUCCCCCUGCAGGUCUCCCCUGCCCCUCAGGGUCCGAGUCCUUAUAGGGGAGAUCUUAGUAACAGGCCGAUGUGUGCCGGGAGCGGGGACUCCAGCUCUGCACAUUGUAGAGGGGAGCCCAGCAGGGAACAGUGGAACACCAGGCCCGAUGGGGUGAUGGUGGGGGGGGCACCCCAACUUCUAAUAAAUACAGGUUUCCUCUCCCCCCUCGAAUUCCCUCCCUCCUCGGGAACACAACUCUACAUUGAGCUUCUCAGGACCCUUCCUCCCCAACCUCUGAUGUGGCUUGAAAUGCCCGUGCUAGGAUGUGAAAUUGGUCCCUUGUUUGUUUCCCCUCCCCCCAGGUGGGGGAACCACUCCACACCUGUAUUGUAGAAAUUUUCCAGCAGUGAUUACCACAUCUGACCUGUUCUCCCCCCCACCCCUGCACAUACCUGGGGGACCUGCCCCAGCAUCUGGUCCAGCCCCACUCCUAUCCCUCGUCUGGUGAUUCAACGGCCUCUGGUGAGUUACCCCGAAAUGCACAUGGCCGUGGGAAAUCCCCACCCCCUGUACUGCAGCCAGGAGUCCUGAGGACGGGGGAGUCUAGCUGCAGGUGCUUGGGCAGGUCUCAUGCCUCCGACAGCCCAACUGGCAGCAGGUGAGCCCCAAAUGCAGCCUGGCCGGGGCCUUGGAGCUGGGCUUCCUCAGGCCUCCUUCAGCAUGCACAUGCUCACCUGAGCUCACUGAUUUGCCUUUCACGUGGGGCCGUGUUCCCCUAAACCCCACAGCUCUGCUCAGGCCCCCCCUCCCAUUGCAAUUGGGGGGUGCCCCCAUCUCCCACGGUGGGGGUCGGUGCACUCAGCAUGAGGCCCUGGGGUGUCCCCCCCGCCUUCCAGGGCAUAAAGACUUCAGUUGCUUUGGUGACACGCUCACGUCCUUCUGUUUGUUACAUUUUUGUCUUAUUCAAAAGAAAAAACUUGAAGCCGGCACCGCUGUCUCGGUCUUUCUAUUUUUGGAAUCUUUGUAUUAACUACGAUUAAAGCCAGGAAAGGAAAGUGAA